AUGGAGGCUGAGAGUACAAGGGCGGGAGAAGAAUCGAUAUCCAUAGAGAAUUCGAAUAUGGAGUCCAAUGCAAGAGAAAAAGAUGAUUUGUGUAUAAGAAAGGUUAGGAGCAUGGAUGUUUCUCAAGUGCUGGUGUCUCAGUCAUGUGCUGCCAGAGAGUGUGCAAAAGACGAGAUAAGAAGGUUUUCCAAAGUUCCCGUGGAAGUGGAUACUUCUGGAGGAAGGCCUUUGAUGUUUAUGAUGUGGGCAUCUGAGGAGAAGGCCAUCCACAAAAAAAAGCACUCUACAGAAGCAUCCAGAGAUACUUUUGGAUGUGAGUCCUGCGAAGAGGUGUUUGAUACCUUCAAGAAGCUCCAAAUUCACAGGGCUCUCCAUAAGGACACCUCUGGAGAGGCCAAUCCCCUUUUUUGUCCUGUCUGUAAGAAGACAUUUGAUGAGAGACGUAAGUUAAUGCUUCAUUCUAGGUAUCACAAAAUAGACAAGGACGGCAAAUAA